GGGGGCGUGGAGCGAGCGCAAGGCACACGCGCUUGGCCUCGACUGGAAAAGGAAGAGGAAGAAGAUCAGCUCCUUUAACGUCUUAUUUCAAGUUGCACUCGGGCUGGAGAGACAAGGGGAAGUGUGGAGGAACAGGCCUUUUACUGUGUUUAGCAGAGAAUCUCCCUGGGGCUUACCCCUGUCAGUUUUCACAGUGUAACGCAGACUUGGCGCUGUUCUGAGUGAGGGGGGCACAGACACAGCCAGUCUCCGCCGCCAGCCUUUCAGCUGCCCACACCUCCCCUUCCCCCUCCAACCCCAAUUCUGUGUUGAGAUCAGUACCUGGGACCAUUGAUGCACCCUUUCCAGUGGUGUAACGGAUGUUUCUGUGGUUUGGGGUUGAUUUACUCGAAUAAAUCGUGCACAAUGCCUCCAAUAACCUUCCAGGAUCUUCCGUUGAACAUCUACAUGGUGAUAUUCGGCACUGGAAUCUUUGUCUUUGUGCUGAGUCUGAUAUUCUGCUGUUAUUUUAUCAGUAAACUGCGACACCAAGCACAGAAUGAGAGAUAUGGAUACAAAGAGGUUAUAACAAGGGGAGAUGCUAAAAAGCUGAAUUUACAUGGGCAGACAUGUGCUGUUUGCUUAGAGGAUUUCAAGAUUAAAGAGGAGUUGGGACUGUUACCAUGUCAACAUGCCUUUCACAGGAAGUGCUUGGUGAAGUGGCUGGAAAUUCGCUGUGUCUGUCCGAUGUGUAACAAACCUAUUGCUGGAGCACCAGAGCAGCAACAAGCAAUUGGCACACUCCUGGAUGAACUUGUUUGAUGCAUGUUCAAAUUAACAUGGACAGCAGCAGCUCGGAAUAGCCAAGAAUCAGGAGUUUUCUAUUUUCUUUUGAACUAUGAUUGACUUUUGAUUGGAACCGUAGAGUGUGAGAGGAUCUGAGCCAUGCCACACUGCUGCACUGCAGUGGCAAUGGGAAUUACUGGGAAGUCUCCUCUCCAACAGCCUUUCCAACACAUCUGGUGAGGAAUAGAACAACUUUCAGCCUUAGUUUCUGACUGAGCUCUUUAAUGCUCAACAGAAGCAUAUUUGGUGAGUCAGUACAUUGCCGAGACACACAAACCAGGCAGUUUGAUCCCUAAUUUGUGCUGAGUUGGCUGAUCUCAACUGGUGCAAUACUUGGUGCUGCAAUUUGGCAGUGCCAUGGGUUAGAGAGAGUUCCCAUUCUGAUCGCUACUCAGUCAUCAUCAGAGAACUGUGUGACAGUGUGGACGAGCUCAGCAGUGAUGCCCUCCACAGGUAGAUAUGCUACCAAGUCUGACUCACCUUCCAAGUGGAGAUUGCCGUCAGCGUGAGGCAUAAGUGAGCUCACAGCAGCCGUGGAAUUAAAUCACAGUGAGAAUAAUUUUUCAGACGGGAAACAAUUGGUGAGAAGUUAAAGUGCUGAACAGUACUUAAACAAACAGAAAUCAAUAUGGUUAUUCAUACAGACUGCACAAGGAACACGCUGUGAUGUACACAUUGGAGGGACCAGACUGUGCUUCCUGCACCUUGCCAUAUACAUGCUGAUUCAUCCAUAUAACUGUAUAUAGGUUGGAGGAAUCAUACCAAACUCACAUUCACCUGACCUAUUCCCAUGCCAGUCAAGUGCAGACUCUGUAAGUGGAUCUGAGCUAUUCUCAUAGUGUUAUCCAGUACCACCAUCAGAAUAUCACAGGUUCUCAUAUCUGUGGUGAGUCAGAGGAAAAUCUAUUUCCUAUUGCUCACUCAAUAUGACUAUCUGUAUGCCUGGCUGUUGUGGGGAGGUGGGAUGGUUAUUGCAAAUUUGUGCCGAGCAUUAUCAGUGAGAAAAAAACCAACUGCCACACUCAAGUCAAGCUAUAUCUCCCUGCUUGCUUCUGAUAAAUGACAUAUCUCCCUCAAAGUGACAUUAAAUUAAAGGUUUCAUUCAAAGAUUCUGUGAGGACAGCUGUGUUGGGGAAUGGAAGUGUUACACUGAUGUGGCUGAAAGUGCUCCUCUGAGCUCAGGAUUAGUAGAUGUUGUUAGAAUAGAACAGAGAGAGAGCUUCACUCUGCAGAUAGCUGCAACAUGGGGCUUUGUGAUGCGCUCUCUGAUAAUCGUGCUGUAUAUUGCACGCCUUUUGUUAUUUACUGGGCACGACUGUUUUUGUACAUAAUUUAAAUAAGUGCUUUGAAUCUGUUCCUUCUUUUAUGAAGGGUUUUCUUUUAAUGUAAAAUACUUUUAAUAAAUAUAUGCCUCCAGUGUA